AUGACCCUGCUCAUGAUAUUAUUGUCGCUGCUAGCGGUGGUCGUAGCCGUCGCGUUCCUUUCUAUCUUUCGUACAAGACGUUCUUUCGUAUCUUCUCGUAAUGCGGCAAUACAUUUGUCUCCUAAAAAUUCCGUCACAUUUGGUAUCGUUCAUCCGUACGCCAACGGCGGCGGUGGUGGUGAGCGUGUUCUCUACUGUGCACUACUGGCGCUUGUUCAGCAAUUUCAGAAGACAGAUACGAUGCUGCAGAUCAUUUUAUACACAGGAAAUGACGGACUUUCAGCCAAGGAGCUACUCAUACGCGCUGCAAACGAGUUUAACCUUGAAGAACUAAAGACGCUGCACGUAGAACGAUACGUGACGCUCGUCUUACUUCCCAGUCGCGAGAUUCUUGAACCCAGUCGGUAUCCGAGCUUUACGCUGCUAUGGCAGAGUCUGGCACACAUUAGAUUGGGCAUGGAGGCUGUACAAGAGAGCUCAAGACAGCAACUGUACCCACAGGUGUGGGUGGACACGACGGGGUGUCCAUUCUCCUACGUGGUAGCAAGUCUGCUCUACGCUUGCACUGUCGUGGCUUAUGUGCACUACCCAAUGAUCUCUACUGACAUGAUCUCUAAGAUCCAACAGCGUAACACUGGGUUUAACAAUGACGCAGCUAUUGCUGCAAGCUCAUCGAGAUCAAUGGCCAAGUACAUUUACUAUCGGCUAUUUGCACUUGCCUACAGCGUGGUGGGUAAGUACUGCACAGAUGUGGUGAUGGUUAAUUCGACGUGGACGUACAACCAUAUCAAGCAACUUUGGGGAAAGACUCCUACCAUUGUAUACCCACCUUGUGGUGCCAUGCACGAGUACAUGACCUUUGGCCUGGAUAAUCGUGAGCCCAUUGCGCUCUCGGUUUCUCAGUUUCGACCAGAGAAGAAUCAGCUUCUGCAACUUGAAGCCUUUCAUGUGCUGCUGACGAAGCAUGCGGAGCAGAUGAAGACCAAGUAUCAUGCCUUUCGUCUGGUGCUGCUCGGGAGCUGUCGCAACACUGAUGAUGAAGCGCGUGUGGAGACACUGAAGGAGCAGGCUGAAGCACUGGGCAUUGCUGACCGCGUGGAUUUUGUGGUCAAUGCGAGUUUCGCGGAGCUGAAACGGUAUCUUUCAAAGAGUUCCAUCGGCAUACACACCAUGUACAACGAACACUUUGGGAUUAGCAUCGUGGAGAUGAUGGCGGCAGGUAUGCUCAUAGUCGCGAACAACUCCGGUGGGCCCAAGGCCGAUAUUGUGCAACCGGAGACAGAGUGUCUGGCGCUCACAGCAGACGAGUAUGCUGGCAAGAUGCUGUCGUUAUUGGAAAAGUCUCGAACUGAAUCGAUUGCGAUGCGAUCUACAGCACGCAAAUCUUCAUUGAGAUUUUCAGAUGAAGAGUUUCGUGGGCAGUUCUUAGCAGCAAUGAGUGGCGUUAUCGAGUCCGUAGUUGGUGGCAGUACGCACAUCAAGUCAGCGUAG